AUGGGCUUGAAGGUUCAAAGUCAUGAGCAUGGAGCCAAAGGUCUACCCAUCCCAAAGAGGAAUAAUCCUCCAUUGUUCAAGGGAACUCAUGAUCUCGAAGGAGCUCAGAUAACUGAGUUGGACGGUGAUGGUGUAGCUAUUUCUUGGACUGUGUUCAGAAGAGCGUUUCCGAGGAGGUACUUUCCUGAAGAUGUUCGAGGAAGGAAAGAAAUUGAGUUUUUGAAGCUGAAGCAAGGUAAUAUGAUGGUGCCUGAGUAUGCUUCCAAAUUUGUUAAGCUGGAGAAGUUCUAUACUCACUACAACACCGAUGAAUCUAUUGAAUUCUCAAAUAGGAUCUUUGAGGAGGAUAACGUUAAGCUAAAGUCGUCUCACUCUCGCCAGUUGGUUGACAAGAGGGGUAAGAAGCCUAUGGACAGAGGUAAUCCAUAUGAUAAAGGAAAUUCUAAAGCUGGUGAUUAUAAAAGGCCUAGUAGGGGAGAUUCUAGUCCUCCUGUUAGGUGCUACAAUUGCGGUGAGACUGGACAUAGAAGGAAUGAGUGCAAAAGUAGAGAAAAGAAAUGCAUCAAGUAUGGUAAGGAGGGUCAUAUUGCUUCUGAUUGUAGGAUGAACACCGUGACUUGCUAUAAUUAUGGUGAAGAAGGCCAUAUCAGUUCAUAG